UGUGCGAACGCUACUUUGCCCUCUUACCACCAUGGUUUCGUACUUCGCCCUCACCUUUCUAUUUUCUCGCUCUUUCUUGGCUGGCAGUAUAGUCGGCUCUGGUGCUACUUGCUCGAGCUCUUGCGACCAUGUGGAUCCAGUCUUUCUCAAGUUCAUCUCGGAAUGUCCCUGCAUGACCUACUGCUCAGCAGCACAAAAUGGAACAUACCUUCCAAGACUUUGUCGAUGCGACGAGUUCCCUUUUGGAUACUCUAAGCAAUAUGUUCUUCCACCUAUGUGCCCUGCUGGAACGUUCUGUCCCCACGAAGGAAGCGGGUGUCUGCCGCUAGUUGCUGUUGGGGCGCGUGUCAGCUGAACAGGGACGAGCAGUGCGCGCCGCCAGUUCCUUGGACAGAUCCUAUUUCAGAUAUGGAUGGUGUUCUCUGUUUGACGUCAACAUGUACACUAAUGGAGCCCAAGGACAAUGCUGUAUCACGGAGAACAUUACUUACCUGGAUAAUUUCAACGGGUAACGGUAUACCAACACAGUAAUCAGAGACAAUUGCAAAGCUCCCGAUUACUACUGUGGUCAAGUUAGCAUGGUUUGCGAAGCGACUAGGGCUCUUCGAUUUCGUUGU